AUGCGCAUUGUCGGUGGCAUUGCGGCCACCCUGGGGUUGAUAGGCGCAGUCGCUGGAAGCCUGCACCCACGAUCCCAAGAAACCCGCGACUUCUUUGCUCUCCACCUCGAUGAGACCGCGUCGCCCUCCCAGGUCGCCCGAGCUCUCGGUGCUCGCCACGAAGGCCAGAUCGGCGAACUCGACGGUCAUCACACAUUUUCCCUACCACGAGAACAAGCUGCACAAUUUGAUACCGUGUUGGAUGAUUUACGGAGCAAGAGGAAGCUCCGGCGGCGUUCGGACAAUGACGUCGGCUCCGAGGGGACGAGUGAUGACCCCUUAGAUGGGGUUUUGUGGUCGCACAAGCUGGCGCCGGCGAGACAGCGGCUGCAGAAGCGAAUUCCGCCGGUCUCGGUGCCUUAUUCUUCACAGGGAAAACGGGUGAAGAAACCGGCGAAUGCGAAGAUCGUGGACGUCCAGAAUAAUGUCAUGUCAACUCUAGGCAUCAAGGAUCCGAUCUUCCGGGAACAGUGGCAUCUGAUGAAUACCGUGCACCCCGGUCAUGACAUCAAUGUGACCGGAGUGUGGUUGGAGGGUAUCACCGGUGCUGGAAUUGCCACCGCGGUGGUCGACGACGGGCUGGAUAUGGAUAGCAAGGAUCUCAAGCCCAAUUACUUCCCAGAGGGCUCAUUCGAUUUCAAUGAAGGCACCCCGGAGCCCCGUCCAAGACUAUAUGACGAUAAGCACGGUACUCGAUGCUGCGGCGAGAUUGCAGCCGCCAAAAAUGACGCCUGUGGUGUUGGCGUUGCAUACGAUAGCAAAAUUGCCGGUAUCCGCAUUCUAUCCAAGCCCAUUGACGAUGUCGAUGAAGCCGCGGCUAUCAACUACGCUUACCAAAAGAACGAUAUAUACUCCUGUUCAUGGGGACCGCCGGAUGACGGUGCCACCAUGGAUGCUCCUGGAAUCCUGAUCAAACGAGCCAUGACCAACGGUGUCCAAAAGGGCAGAGACGGGAAGGGCUCUAUCUUCGUUUUUGCUGCCGGUAACGGUGCCCAAUUCGGUGAUAACUGCAACUUCGAUGGCUACACCAACAGCAUUUACAGUAUCACCGUUGGUGCAAUUGAUCAUGAAGGCAACCACCCGACUUACUCCGAAUCAUGCUCUGCUCAACUUGUUGUCGCGUACAGCAGCGGCUCGGGUGAAGCGAUUCAUACCACCGACGUUGGCUCCGAUAAGUGCUAUGACGGACAUGGUGGUACCUCAGCAGCCGGUCCACUCGCUGCGGGCAGUGUGGCUCUUGCUCUCAGCGCACGUCCCGAGCUGACUUGGCGUGAUUUGCAGUACCUUAUGGUGGAGACCGCAAUUCCUGUGAGCGAGGACGACAACAGUUGGCAGAAACUGCCAUCUGGUCGCAAGUUCAGCCACAACUGGGGAUUUGGAAAGGUUGAUACAUACAGCUUGGUGCAGCGUGCUCGGACCUGGGACCUGGUCAAGCCACAGGCGUGGUUCAACUCACCAUGGCUACGAGUCCACCAUGAAAUUCCUCAAGGCGACAAGGGUCUUCUCAGUCGUUACACCGUGACCAAAGAGCAGGUCAAAGCCGCCAAUAUGGCUCAACUUGAGCAUGUCACAGUGACUAUGAAUGUAAAUCACACUCGCCGCGGCGAUAUCAGUGUUGAGCUGCGCAGUCCUGCUGGCAUUGUCAGCUACCUUAGUGUUGCCCGCGACCAAGAUGAGCACCCGGGUGGCUAUGAGGAUUGGACUUUCAUGUCUGUUGCUCACUGGGGUGAAUCUGCCAUAGGCGAAUGGUCAGUGAUUGUGAAAGACACCAAUGUGAACGAUUUCUCGGGCACAUUCAUCGAUUGGCGACUCAAUCUCUGGAGUGAGGCCAUCGACGGAGGCAAGCAACCGCUCCACCCUCUACCAGACGAACACGACGACGAUCAUCCUUACGAAGAUGCUCACGUUGCCACGACCAUAGUCGAGGCCGCACCUACAAAGACCGAGGCACCUUCCAACGUGGAUGAUCACCAUGACAGACCCGUGAAUGCGAAGCCGCAAGAAACAGGCACAGAGUCGACUCCGGAGCCUGUCGAAGAUGAAAAGGAACCAACCACUACCGGAGAACCUGCCUCUCCGACUUCCACCUCAUCUUCUAAUUAUUUGUCCUCCUAUCUACCUACUUUUGGUGCGUCAAAGCGUACUCAAAUCUGGAUCUACGCCUCUUUGACCAUGAUCAUCGUCUUCUUCAUUGGAUUGGGUGUUUACUUCCAGCUCCAGCGAGUCAAACGUCGUCGCACCACUGCACACGAUGACUAUGAAUUUGAAAUGAUUGAAGAUGAGGAUGAGGCUCAACCUAUGACUGGAUCAUAUGGUCGCACACAGCGUCGUGGCGGUGAGCUUUAUAAUGCAUUUGCCGGUGAAAGUGACGAGGAAAUGUUCAGUGAUGAUGAUGAGUCGUAUCGUGAUCGCUUGGCCAAUAUCUCUGAGAAGGAUGGCGAGGAUGAACCUCUCCAUGGCCGUGAAAAGCCCUGA